AUGCAGAGCUCAGACCCCGUAGGUUACUACCCGGAAGAUAUGCUCCGCGCUAUCCUGCCCCCCGAUGCACAGCAUGUGUGCGACGAGGAGCCACACAUGCUCAUGCAUGAAGACGCGCUGGGGUACAUCCCCGUCCAGCUCGGCGCAAAGCUCGCCCGCGGCGCGUAUGAAGUCGUCCGCAAGCUCGGCUGGGGCACCAACUCGAGCGUGUGGCUCGCCCGCGAAGCUGGCACUGGUUCGGACGCGACAGAAGUGUCUGGGGCCCGCCCCCGCUUUGUCGCCGUCAAGAUCCUCAACAAGUAUACAACCGAUAACGAGGGAGAGGGCAUCCCGCACGAGUCCACGGCGCACUCGCGCCUUUGGAACGCAUACCUCUCUGGAGUGGAGUCCAUACCACACCCAGGAUAUGCGCAUUGCCUCGUCAUGCCGCCCGGCAGCUCGUUCUUUGAGACGAGUGUGCACGGGAAGCAUCAAUGCUAUGUGAGCACGCCUUGCGGCACCACGAUCGGGCAGGUCUUGGAUUCUACCGGCCGGCCGUUCUCGCUUCCUGUUACGAAGCGCAUCGUGAAGCAGGCUUUGCUCGCGCUGGACUUUGUGCACACGAAGGCGAAGAUCGUGCACUGUGACGUGAAGGCAGACAACAUGUUUGUGAAAAUAACCGCAGACGAUUCCACCAUCGCGCGUUACCUGGAAGAAAACCCGUCCGAAACAUACCCCCCGCGGGUCCACUCCAGCAUCUCUGAAGGUCCGAUUGUCACCGUCAAGUCCCAGCCGCUGCCAAACUUCGGUGUCGACGCGUCUUUCGAAAACCUCGAAAUCUGCUUGGCCGACUUCGGCUCUGGUCAGUCUUUCCGCUUCGGUGCCAGUGGGGCGCCUCUGAAGCUUCAGACACAGUCUUUCCCUGCGAAGACAUCGCACCCGACACGGUAUACACCAACCCCGUACGAGACCCGCGCCCCAGAGCAGUUCCUCGGCUGCACGGGCUCGACGGCGAUCGACAUAUGGGCCAUCGGCUGCUUGGUGUUCGAGUGCCUUACCCUGAAAACGCUCUUUACGGCCAAGAACGCAGACGACCAGCUGGGGCUUGUGGAGUACCACAUCGAGUUGUUCCCUCGCGAGUUCCUCGCGCGCUCUCCGAUACAGCACAUGUAUUUCAUGCCAUCAGGGGUCCAUCGGGCUAGCUACUUCGGUAGGGUGAGGGCGGCCUCGCUUGAGCGCUCUAUAUGGGAUGCGUUGUAUUCAUACGAUCCGGCGGAUCCGUCGUCCGGGGAUUACGACGCAGCGUGGAGAGACCUUGAAGCGACGCGCGCGUUCAUGCGCAGAUGCUUGACCAUCGACCCGGCGUGCAGGCCUUCUGCCGCGCAGCUGCUCGAAGACGCCUGGUUCAACACGUGA